AUGUCUGAUUCAGAUUGUGAACCAAAUGAAAAUGAUGAACUAGAAAUAUUAGAACAAAUUCAUAACUUCGAAGGUGCCAUUUUUGAAGUUACAAGACUAUCUGAAUUAGACGAAACUUUAAAAGAAAUGUUAAGUAAUGAUCAAAAAAAUACUGAAAAAAAUG